AUGGCCCAGCUCCAGGUGAGCAGUCUGAAGGUGAACUGGACCGGACUUCUGGUCCUGCUCCACUUCCUGUACCUGCUCCUGGGCGCCACCGUCUUCCAGCUGCUGGAACGGGACGCCGAGAGCAGCAACCGCAACCAGUUCCAGGUGGAGAAGCUGCACUUCCUCAUGAACUACAGCUGCCUGGACAAGGAGGCUCUGGAGCAGUUUGUGCAGGUGAUCCUGGAUGCCUGGGAGAACGGCGUGAAUCCUUCCGGAAACUCCACCAACCCUAGCAACUGGGACUUCAGCAGCUCCUUCUUCUUCGCCGGGACCGUUGUUACGACCAUCGGUUAUGGAAACCUCUCCCCCAGCACGAGUUCGGGACAGGUGUUCUGCGUGUUCUACGCCCUCUGCGGAAUCCCGCUCAACCUGGCGUUCCUGAACCAGCUCGGGAAGUGCCUCACUCUCCACCUGGGACGUCUGGAGAGGGGCGUGGUCCCCGCCGGGAAGCACAAGCAAUCGAUGGAGGUCCUGGUGGUGAGCAGCUUCCUGCUGAUGGGCAGUGUGUUCUUCCUGGUCAUCCCCCCGCUGGUGUUCAGCUACGUGGAGGGCUGGUCCUGCGGGGAGGCCUUCUACUUCGCCUUCAUCACCCUCAGCACCAUCGGGUUUGGAGACUACGUCGUGGGAGCCGACCCGGAGAAGCACUACAUCUCUCUGUACCGCGGCCUUGCCGGCGUCUGGAUCUUCUUCGGCCUGGCCUGGCUGGCCCUCAUCUUCAACAUCGGGGCCCGCACCAUGGAGCACCUCCUGCAGCUCCAGCCCCCGGCCGCCCGGGCCCCGGACCGAGAGGAGGAGCCCGAGAAACAGCAGGAGGAGGCGGGCGGGAGACGCAGGGCCAUCCAGCAGGGGGUGUGA